AAUGGGGUGAAAUCCAUCAUCAAAAGACCAUUCAGGAUAUGCUAGGUCCAUUCUCAAAAAGCCAAAAUUAUUGAAAAUGAUCGCAAAAUUACAGAAGAAGCAUAAUAAAGGCAAGAACAGAGUGAGAGAUGAGACCGAGUAUACAGAAGAAGUAUUCAGAAUUGAUUUUAGGCAUUUAUGGAAUAUAGAGCUACUUGAGAGCAUUUCCGCUAAAAAUAGACUAGAGCCAAUUCCAACCUUAGCUCUUAGGUAUCUUCCUGAAUCUCAAGAGGCUGUUCCUGAGUUUCUUAAUUCAUGUAUUGAUGAAGUAGACCAUCUGUUUAUUAAUAAUUAUGUUGAAAAUGAGGUGAAGAAAAAUAAGAUACCAAUUGAACCCUAUAUUUCUGCAAUUUGUUCAGUUUGCCCUUCCGUCAAGGAAUCCCUUUGGAUUGAGUACUUCACUCUCUCUAUCAGAGAUAUUGCACAAAUAAUCAGGAAAGGAUUUGGUAUAGCAAUGAUCAGGUUUGAACAAUGCUUAAUAGAUUUCUCCAAUGCAAAAGAGCUUCCUAAUGGAGACAAAGUCGUAACCUUCAACACUGAAAAUGAACCAGCUACUCACUACCUGUGUUUCAAGGGGUGUAAUAUUACUGAAGAAAGUUUAAAGAUAAUUGCCAACUCCUGAAAGGAGUUGACUUCUCUUAAAACUCUUGAUAUUUCAAACACUGAAUUCAGUGUACAAGAAGCAACAGAUAUUUUGGAUAGUUGUGAACUUUCCUCUGUGAAAGUUGUCAAAAUUUAG